AUGACUACUGAAGAGAUGACGCUCGCAGAGAUGAAAGCGGCCUACGAGAAGGCCCAAGCAGAGUUGGCCCAAGAAAGGGCCUCCAUUGAAAACCUCCAGAAGGAGCUCGAAUCCGUGAAAAGUAACAAGUAUCAAUCGCGUUACAAGCUAGGUGCAAAACCGAAGAAGUUGAUAUUCGAGAUGACUGGCGACUCUGAAGACUUGUCCGACGGCGAGGAGCCACAUGAGGAAAAGGAUGAAGCAAUACCGGACCCCGUCACCAAGCGCCUAAAUAAGAUGGAAAAUCACAUGAAGAAGCGAUGCUCGUUGAUGAUGAAGCUGAUGACCAAACUGCCGGGGGCACCCACGCCCGUGGAGACCGAGCCGACCGACGGGUAUGCAGCAUCGCCGUUCUGUGAAGCGAUCGCUAGGGUGACGGUACCACACCAGCUCCGACUCCCUACCUGGACCACCUUGUAUGACGGAACGUCUGAUCCAUACAGACAUGUCAACUUCUACACGCAGCGAAUGUGGCAGAUCGGCAUCCCCUACGACCUGGUCGAGCCCGUCAUGUGCAAAUCCUUCGGAAGAACCCUCGACGGAGCAGCCCUGGAAUGGCUCAUGAACAUAACACCUGGAUCUAUCUUCUGCCUGUCCGACCUCAUCAACGCCUUCUACCAACAAUUCGCCAGCAGUCGCCAGUUGGAGAAACAAACAAGUGACCUCUAUCGGUUGGUCCAAGGACCUACCGAGUCGGUACGCGAUUAUUUUAACCGUUUUAAUUGUGAAAAAAUUAGCAUAAAAAACUGUGAUGUCAGGACAGCCAUCGAAGCAUUCAAGAGAGGUCUCGUCCCCAACUCAGAGCUGUACCGGGAACUAAACAAAUAUCCCUGUGCAAACUUCGAAGAAGUCAGAUCGAGGGCCACUGCCCAGAUGCGGAUUGAAGACGACGAGAUUACACGAAUGGUUUCUCAGCGACCAGCAGGGGGCAGCAGCGACAGGAGGUCGUACACCCCAAGGAACAACGGCUGGAGACACCAACCAUACAACCGCCAGGGUCAGGUACAAAAUGUCAAUCAAUAUGAUGAUACUAACAGUGUUUACAGGAAUGAACGGGUCGUUUAUCCCCCCAUCUCCGAGUAUGGCUUCAACGUCGACAUCGGAGGCGUGGUAAACGCCCUUCAAAGUGUAGGUGGUACCGUCAGAUGGCCGAAGAAGAGUGACAGACCAGACUCUACGAAGGACAUGAGCAGGGGCGAAUCUGAAGCCGUCAAAGAGGGGCAGACCGAAGACGAAGUAGCACUCGACAAGUCAUUAGCGGCGAUGAUAAUAACCUUCGACGACUCAGAUUCAACCGACAUAAUACAGGAACAUCAUGACGGGCUAGUCAUAUCGCUCCCAAUAGGCAACGCUCUCAUCAAAAGGAUAUUGAUCGACAACGGCAGUUCAGCAAACGUAUUGUUCCUAGAGGCUCUGCAGGAAAUGGGACUAGACGAAAAGAGUAUAAUCAGAAGGUUGACAGUCCUAGUAGGAUUCAGUGGAGAAUCGCUACGAACAGUAGGAGAGAUAUCGCUGCCUACGUACGCAGAAGGUGUUAAUGUGAUGACCAAGUUCAACGUCGUCGACUGCCCAUCAGCAUACAACGUCAUUUUGGGACGACCAUGGAUCCACAAAAUGAAGGCGGUGCCGUCGACAUACCACCAGUCAAUCAAGUUCCCAACCAAAUGGGGAGUCAUGGAAAUCAAAGGACAGCAAAGGGACGCAAAGAAAUGUUAUGAAAUGGCGCUGAAACCAUCAAAGUCAUCCAUCUAG